GGCUGCAGCAGCACUGCCAUCCACAGUCAACAGACACAGCCUGGUCAGUCCUGAUGGCUUUAACUAUUUCAAAAAACUUGUGUUUCCUUUCGGAUCUCUCUUUAUUCAUUGCGGCAAGUUUUUCCUCUCAGUCAGCAAAGAUGUCCUCCCAGGUCAGACUGAGUCUGCUGCCGAGAGCCACAUGCAUGUUCGAUGAGCCCGUCCAGGUGAAGGUGGCCGGGCUGAGGUCCAGACAGGUGGUCACCUUGAGAGCCAGAUCCACUGACGAGAAGGGAGUGGCGUUCAGCUCCUCGGCCACCUACAGGGCCGAUGGGAGCGGGGAGAUCGACCUGGAGAGGGACUCCUCUCUCAGAGGGAGCUACACCGGGGUGGAACCCAUGGGUCUGCUGUGGUCCAUGAGGCCAGACGCUUUGCACAAGAGGUUUCUAAGGACAAAGUCACUAAACCCCCACGUGGUGAAGUUCUCCGUGCACGAGGAUGUGGAGGAGGAGGAGGGCAGGAUGCUGGCAGAGGCGACCAAUGAGAGGCUUCUGAUUGCAGACGGGGUCAUGCGGCGCCCCAUCAAAGAGGGGAAUAUCCGUGGGGUCCUGUUCACUCCACCAGGAGGAGGUCCGUUCCCCGCCUUGUUGGAUCUGUACACUUUUGGUGGAGGUUUGUCGGAGAAAAGGGCCUCCCUGCUGGCCGGCCGUGGAUUUGUGGUUCUGACUGUAGCGCUGUACGGUCACGAUGACAUGGCGAGGAACAUCGAGGAGGUCCAUCUGGAUUAUUUCGAGGAAGCAAUAGAGUUGUUGAAAAAACAAGAUAAGGUGGGCAGUAAAGGAGUUGGUGUAAUAUCCAUUUCAAAAAGUGGAGAUCUUGCACUAUCAAUAGCCUCCUACCUGCCAGGUGUUGAGGCUACAGUGUGGAUCAACGGCUGCUCUGCCAACACAAUUUUACCCCUCUACUAUAAGAAGAGCCAACUCCUCCCCGCAUUAAUGUUUGACAAAAGCAAUCAGCCUGCUGACUCAGAGACAUUAAUUGGCAAGAAUUUUAUGCAUAACCCUCUGGCGGAGGAGAACAAGGCCACCCUGGUCCCCAUCGAACGAGCCGAGGGGCGUUUCCUCUUUGUGGCCUCGGAGGACGACCUCAACUGGGACAGCAAGGCUUACGUGGAGAUGAUGGUGGAGAGACUGCAGCGUCACGGGAAGGACAACUUUGAGAGCGUGUGUUACCCCGGAGCGGGUCAUUACCUGGAGCCGCCUUAUGGACCCUACUGCCCCUCCAGUUUUCACGGGGUAGUAGGCAGGCCGGUCCAGUGGGGGGGUGAGCCCAGGUCCCACGCAGCAGCUGAAGUCCACGUGUGGAAGAAGAUCCAGGAGUUCUUCAUGACUCACGUGAGCUGUGAUGCUACGCAGACUAAAGCCAAACUAUAGUCGCUUUGGAUAAAAGCGUCUGCUAAAUGACUGUAAUGUAAUGUAAUGUAAUAUAGAUACAAAUACAGUUACAUAAUCUAUAACUAAUGAAGUUAAUAUGCUUUUUAUCUAGUUUUAUCUAGUAUCUAUUUGUAACGUUAUAUCCAGGCUAGAUUUAAUUGUUGUUUAAACCUUAGGCUGUAUUUGAAAUCAAAUAAUUACUGCACUAUAUUUACUUUCUGCCAUUUUAACUUCAUAGCACCCCGAAAAACUCUAUUAAAUGUUAAAUCAUGAAGGGAAUAGUGAAUGAGUGAUUUCAGACACACAGCGGUGUGUAUUAAGCAUCCUCAUUAUGCAUUUUGUUUUCACUCCUCUUUCUCAGUCCAUUUCAGACAUUGGAAGAACGCCAGAUGUAAAGAGUGUGAAGCCUUUAUAGGUUUAUAAAUGUUUCAACCUUCCCAUCAGACUCACCAUCUACUCACCGAGAAACAACCUUGCAAAAAAAAAGGGAAAUGAGAGGCGGAGGACAAAACGUGACUUAUUGGCAACUAUCGCAUCCUGAUCUUUCUCUCUCUCACUCGCUGUUCAGAGGCGAGAGAUAAAACGGUAUUGUUCCUAGCGGGCUCGCCCCACUGCAAGUUCAUCAAGAUAGCAGCGCCAGCCUUGAUCUGCCUCCUCCAUUUAUUGAGCAGCAUUGUUGGAAAAGCUCUUUCACUGCCUUUCCUCUACUCUCCGUGUUCAUGUAUCCGACUGCUCCCUUUCUGUCAUGUUUACUUCCACAGAGCUCUCAUCAGCCUCUGGCUUUUGAAAGGCAGGGAAUAAUCUGUUCCACUCCUGUACCUGCACAGGCAAUCAGGAGCUGGAGGUUGUGUUUGAGCUCCUGUGCUCCUGAGGAAGAGUGGGUCGUGUGUUAGGGAGCGAUGGCAAAGCACAGGAGCCCAUUCGGAGAUACAGUAACUGCAAGAACUGUCAUACACUACACCAACAUUGUUUUGCCAAUGUUGGUGUAGUGUAUUUUUUUCGACACUGAUCUCUACAAACCUUUUCUUGCUUUGGAGCCCUAACACAUAUGUCUAAAUCUUGCUUCAGAGAUGCACAAAAAAGGGCUUAAAACGCCCCAAUGUGCUUUGCAAAAAUGAAGUUUCUUUUUGUUAAAGCAAUACACAGUAUGUUGCCAUAACAAUAGUCUAUUAAGUAUCAGAAUACAGCAUGUUUUCUGGAAAUUUAUUAAAUAAAUAAAUUGUCUAUAUGAAAUAACCACAUGGUAAAGCAUACAUUUAUGUUCUGCUGUGUGCAUUAAAUAUUUGACAAAGGACAGGUUACGUGUUUUCUCGUUUAAUUGAGAACUUUUGUGCAAAAGUUAUCAUUUUUUCUAAGAAAUUGGGGUUUAUAUGUGCUUGUUAUUAUUAAUCUACACAAUGCAACUUUGUAUCACGAUAUCAUGAUUUCCUGACGAUAUGAUUCCCCCUGAAAGAUGAUAAAUGAUCAUAUAGACAUAUAGACAUAUAGAGUUAUCUCUUUCCUGUAUGUUUGUUUGUAAAUACUAGUGAGAACCAGAGUCAAAUUCUUGUAUCUAUUGUGCAAUAAACCUGAUUUCUAAAUUCAA